AACUAAUUUAACCUCACAAUAUUCAACUUGAAACCGAACGUGAUUCUAUAUUACCAAACAUCCUAAAUAACUCCAAAAGUAUAAAAAAUGAUAACUUAUGAAUUAUGUGUGCUUCUAAGAGUAAUGCCAAAGUUGGAAUUGGCAACAACCCUCAAAAGAAUUUCAUCUUCCAUCUUCGACAAGUCUGGAAUCAUCAGAAACAUUGAAAAUCUAGGCACUAGAGACAUGCCAUAUAAAACAAGCAACCAUGGAGUAGUAUACAAUAAAGCUAGUUAUUUCAUAAUGGAAUUCAAUGCACCUCCAGCAUGCAUUGAUGACCUCAAAGAAGAAUACGCACGUGACGUAGACAUCAUCCGACGACGAAUUUACAAAAAAGAAUUAGAUCCCAUCCCAGAAUGUACUCUGCAUGAAGAACUCCAACCACCUCCAUACAGACCAGAUGUACAAGAGAUGAUCAAGAAUGCAAGAAAAUACGACAAACCAAGAUUCAACUACAAUACUGGCUUGGAUUACUAUCCAUUCCAAAAAUAAGUUGAUAACCUACACAAAAAUAGAGUAGUUCUUUAGUCACUUAGUUAAUUUCUUAUUCAACUAGGCAAUAAAAUCACAAAACAUUCAGUACAA